UGAAGUGCACUGAAAGUGAAAGUUCCCCUGGAGGCACAAGAGGGCGGUGCCCUCAGGUGAAAGCAGGCGGGGCAGCUUGGGGAAGUGGGCGUGGCUUUGAGUGUGUGUAAGAGAGUAAAUAUUUUUCACUACUGGUGGAACCUGUCCGUCUGCUUCACCGGAGACAAGGAGACUCAGCCUGAAGUGUAGGACGCACAAAGAACAGAGGAGAGAACACAAACACAUUUACCAGCAAGAAACCAGAAAGAAUGCUGGACGGAGCAACAGUCUGGACGUAGACCAGGAUUGGACAUCAUGUAGAUGAAAACGACAUGCAGUGUGUUUGUUUACGUGACGGGUUCAUCGGUGUGUUUAAGGUCUGAAUGAGGCGUGUGUGUUUCUGAGGGCCUUUAAUGGGUAGAAGCAUCCUGGAUAUGGGGGGAUGUCAGAGUUACAGCAGCUCUGAUGAAGAGGAUGUCAGCACUCUGAAGGCAAACUACACCAAUGUCAGCCUGUUCAAAGUAAAGAGUAACAGUCUACAUAUAGUCCCGUCUGCUGCGGUCAAACCUUACCUGAAAGAUCACUUCCUGUCCAGACGCAUCACUGAUCUCGACCUCCUGACCCUCUCUGCCCUGCCGCACGGCCUCGACCAGCAGGAGUGGAUAGCAACAAACACGGUGUCGUUUUUCCAGCACACAACCCUCUUCUUCAGCGCUCUGUCUGAUAGUUGCUCCAUGACCACGUGUCCGGCAGCCAAGAGCUCAGGAAACAUUUUGUAUGAAUGGACAGACGAUCAGGGGAAGAAACUGAAGUGUUCAGCUCCGAUCUACAUCGACUACGCCUUGUCCUACAUUCAGGAGAUUCUCACAGAUGAGCGUGUGUUUCCCACCAAGGCCGGUUCAGCGUUCCCUUCUGGAUUCAUGUUCCUGAUACAGAAGAUCUUUGUGAUGCUCUUCCGCACGCUGGCUCACCUGUUCAGCGUUCACUACCAGGACGCCAUCGCCGUGGAGUUACACCCGCAGCUCAACACGUUCUUCACACACUUCAUCACCUUCAGCCACACGUUCAGACUGCUGGAGCCUUCAGAGACGGCGCAGAUCGACGAGCUCAUCGCCGUGCUCACACACUGACACACAAACACACGGAAACACAAGGAAUAUACAUGUGAGGUCUUCACAAAAAGGCACAGCAUGAGCCUGUGAAUCAUAAAAUUCACAAAUGGGACACUCUGUAGCUUUGGCACCUAAUGGACACGUGCAAGUGAAGACUGUAAGUCCAAAUAAAGCGCACUAUUUAGGACUGUUACAUGAAGAAUCCCUUUGAUGUUUUGACCCAGUAGAAUUAGAAUGUGUCAAUCAACUUCAGACUGAGCUCUGAUUGGACAGCGCAGACGGGCCCGCCUAUAAGCGGUUUUUCAGUGCCAACCGUGAACGUGGGCAAUUUCUUUUGGCCAGUGGCCACACGGCCUUUCAACAAAAUGCAAUUCUUAGGAAUCUGGGAGCACUGGGAGCUUUCAACUGUACUUUGCAAUUUAUGGCAGCAUUCCCUCUUGGUGUGUUUGUCUGCCACACUGAAUGAAAAAACACUGUUUGGGAGGGGACAAAAUGCUUUUCCAAAAAGAUACACUGUCAUUCAAAAGUUUGUGGUCACUAUUUUUUCC